GAAGAAAUUGCGGGCAGUGAGUCGGCGGGCUUCGGGUGCGAAACGGGAGCCCAAACGAGCCAAUGAGGGGCCCCAUAAUUCUGCUCAAGUGGUGUACAGUAUCGUGGGACUGCAGAAUUACAGUGUGUCCUGUGAGCAUGCGUAUGACAACAGAGAAGACAUGUAGAGCAAAAGGCUGAGGCUCUGGGCUCCAAAAUCCUCUCUGCACGUGACAAUUAGCUUACAGUCUGCUCUGAAAAGAUGACUUCUGCUACCCCGCCUUGCUCUCGCAGCUCUUCCCCUCAAAAGGUUUGCCACUCUCAGACCCAAACUGACGUUCUGAAGCCGUUGCUGGGCGGUGGUGCUUCUGGUGGAGGUGGGACUGUGAGGAAGAGGAGGCGCAUUCUGUCCAAAGAUGGCCGAAGCAACAUGCGCAUAGAGCACGUCAGUGGGAGGAACGCCCUCUACAUGCGUGACCUCUGGACAACUUUUCUUGAAAUGCCAUGGCGCUACAAGUUCUUCCUGUUUACAGCAACGUUUGCAGGGACCUGGUUUGUGUUUGGGGUUGUGUGGUACCUCGUCGCUUUGGUGCAUGGAGACCUACUGGAGUUCGACCCACCGUCUAACCACACACCCUGUGUGAUGCAGAUGCAGACCCUCACAGCAGCCUUUCUCUUCUCUCUGGAGUCCCAGACAACCAUCGGUUAUGGUUUCCGAUGCAUCACGGAGGAAUGCCCGGCUGCCAUCAUCCUCCUCAUCCUCCAGCUGGUCAUCACCAUGCUGAUGGAAAUCUUCAUCACUGGCACCUUUCUGGCCAAGAUUGCACGGCCAAAGAAGCGAAGUGAGACGGUGAAGUUCAGCCAGCAUGCUGUUGUAUCGACGCAUGAAGGCCAACCCUGCCUGAUGAUCCGGGUGGCCAACAUGCGCAAGAGUCUUCUUCUCGGAUGCCAGGUGACAGGGAAACUCCUGCAGACGUCCCUGACAAAGGAAGGUGAGACGGUUCGUAUGGACCAGAGGAACGUGCCCUUCCAGGUGGACACUUCCAGCGACAGUCCCUUCCUCAUCCUUCCUCUCACCUUCUACCACAUCAUCGACGAUAGCAGCCCCCUGAGAGCCUGGGCCGCCAAGGGUGGUGGAUGGACAGAUCCAGAGUUGGCUGACUUUGAACUCUUGGUGAUCAUGAGUGCCACAAUAGAGCCGACCUCUGCCACCUGCCAGGUCCGCACUUCCUACCUGCCAGACGAGAUCCUCUGUUACGAGUUCCCCCCCGUCGUCUCUCUCUCCCAGUCUGGCAAAUAUGUAGCAGACUUUUCCUUCUUUGACAAAGUGGCGAAGACCAAGACGACCCCUGUUUUCAAAUCAACCAGUUUGCAACACAAAUACCAGAGCAACGGAGGUGGACCCAUGUCUGAAGUGACAGACCCGGAGAAGAUUCGCCUGGAGCAGAGCUACAGGGAGCAGCGAGGCGAAGACCGAGGCCGAGUCAGAGACGGCCCCAUAAGCGUUCGAAUCAGCAACGUCUGAACAGCUAAACUGGCUGAAAGUCGGACAUUUUGUAGCAAAACAACAUGAGAGUUUGUGAAGCCUUUCACACAUGUAAGACGAUGAUUGUUUUAAUUUUUUAUCAAAAUGACUUAAGGCAAAACGUACGGUACGGAUUUUUGUAAGGAAAUAUUUGCUAAAACUGCUGUCAUUUAUUCUCAUCUCGUCACUUCUGAUGGAAUGUCUAAAAAAUCUAUGCUAAAAGAGUCAAGUAAGAGAGAAAUUCAGUGUAAGUCCAGUAUAAUUAAUCUCAAAUUAAACUGAAGGAUGUGAAAUCUACAGAGUUCUACCUUCACGACAACAGAACAUACUUUUUGCCUUGCACACUUAGUGAUGAUCUGACCGUCCGGGGUUUGAAUGCUCAGCACUCCAUCGUCUAUUAGUGCCUCCAAUUUGCUUAAAUUGUUUUCAGCUUAUUUAAUUAGAAAGCAGAUCCCUCUCCCCAACCAUGUCAGUCACUCCAAACAUUCACUCACACAGUGAAUCUUUAUCAAAGCAGACAGUGUCUGCAUGGCAUAGGAUGAGAUUAAGUCAUUGUUGCAAUUUUUGGAACUGAAACACUUAUAACGCAUAAUGUUUGUAAAUUGUUACUAUAAGAAUUUUUUAAAAAGUUUUUUCCACCUUUUUUAGUGACAUUUUUCGAAAUGAGCCUAGUAAAACUUAAGAGAGAUAGCGCAAAAAAUCUGCAACAACCUGGAGUCAUCAGUGCUCAACCUUAAACUCUUUGUUGAAUCUCUUCUUGAUUAAUUUCUCGCAUUCAGUUUCCUUUGGUAGGAGUUUAAUACCCAAUUUCUUGACCUAGAAACAUUUCCCGUGCCCUCUGUGUUCACAGUCUCACCGAUUUAUAAAAUCGAUUAGAACCUAGUUUUGCAUGCUGUGCAGUGGUGAAGCUGGUCUUCUGCUGAUUUAUUUGGAUAGUGAAAAAAAUAUUUCUCUUCAGCUUUCUGUAAUAAUCUGUAGCUUUAAGUUUUAUUUAUGUUUCUGUUGCUUCUUUACUUCUACUCUCCUUUUUGCCAUCUUAGUUCAUCCCUUGUAUCAGAUCAGCUGUUUCAUUGUUUCUGUUUUGGAUUCAGUUCUUUCUUUCUGUCAGCUGAAGGUUUUAGAUGAAAUGUAUCAAGCAUGAGGAAAUGUUCAUGACUUUACAGUCUAGUCUAAUAUCAUCUGAGGGAAACGUAACUUUAGAGAAUGAUUCAGUCACCAGCUUGUUUCACUUUGGUUGCUGUUCAUUUGCUGGUUUGUGGUGUUUUUGUGCCAGACUUACCGCCUAUAACUGUGACUAAAAGUUCCAGUUUGUUUCUAUCAAACCACAAUGGGCUUUUAGCCAGAACUUUUCUUUUAAAGGAAAAACAUUUAUCAUGCAGUUCUACCAUAUGACAAAUCCCUGACGUUGCUGUCACAUGUGGCCCAUAAUACUUCUUUUUUUAGCAUGUGGCAUGACAGAUGAUUCUUGUACAAUCCUCCUGAAAAAAUGCUUUUAAGUUUUUGUUGAACAUUGUUUAAAAAAGUGGCUAAAGUUUUUGAUUAAGGUUAUGCACAUGUGGGCAGCUUUUUAAUUUGAUCCAUCUUCCUUUUUCAGUCGUGUAAAAGGACAUGUUACAUCAAAGGUGGAAAGUAUUUAUCUUGGCCAAAUUUUUAUAUGUCACAAAAAUCUGGUAUUUUACCAGAUUUUUUUUUGUUCACUCUAGUUGAAAACACGUCACUUAAGACAAAUGAAGUACAAAGUUUGCAAACUUAGACAGUACAUGAAAACAACCGUUUUGUGAAUGUAGAUAACAAAAGCUGAUUUACAUAAACACCCAUUUAUUUAUAGUGUCAUAUAAUCGUGUAAAAGCUGAAAGGUCAGAAACUUAUUCUGGUCUCUUUCGGUACUUCCCAGAGCACUGAAGCAUCACCUUACUCACUCAAAGGUGAGACAGUCUGAAUGUGUUUUUUAAAAGGUGAAAAACAGAAGUAAGGGAUUAAACAUAAAAUACCCCCAGUUUCAAAGAAAAACUAUUUUUCCCCUCUGCUGUUCAAGUGAAUGUUUUAUAAUUUUCUGCACUUUAAAAGUGCUUAACUAAACCCAAAAGGGAAAUUGCUUAAGAUGCAAAUAGCAACGGUUUGUUGAGCACAGAAGCAGAAAGUCGUAUGACUUGAAGUAUUUUCUUCUUAUAUGGAAAGAAAAAAUAGCACCCGGCUCAGAAGUCUCUCUCUCAACUUCCUCCUAAGCAUCUGAUCAGUAUUUUAAAAUUUCCUGUUGCAGUUUGCAGAGGAAACUGUUCAGAAAUUUUUUUCUCCACUUUAGAGUUCCUUAUGGUGGAUAGUAAACUGCAUCUGUUAGUGCUGAAUGUAAUUAUUUUGUUAAACUAGAACAUGAUAUCUGUUUCUGUAUCAAAUGAAUAUUGUAGCACUUUAUUGAAGUAAAUAAUGAUUAUUUGCACCUUCAGUAGAUUAGUUGACAAUUUGUUACCAUUUGUAAAAUAUUCCACUGUAAGCACUCUGAAUUUAUAUUGACCAACUUCAUUACAGCUGCUGUAAAUGUAAAAAGAUAGUCAGAAACCUGCUGUUUCUUUGUCAACAACGUGCAAAUGAACAAACUCCAGUGGAUGUAAAUACUCAUGUAGAGAUGCAUCUGUGCCUUCAACAGCGAAGAAAGUCUGAUUGUUGUAAGAUGCAAUCACUGCAUAAACAAUUGUUGGAGUUACUAAUUCUGUGAAAUGAAAAAAAAAAUUCUCCUACACAUAUAAAUAUGAAAGUACCUGAUCAAUAAGGGCUGAGAUAUAAGAAUGUUAUAUAAAACUAAGGAGGUUGUGACUGAUAAUAAGGUGUGGUGCAUCUUCUUUCAGCUCUUUGAAUUUCAUAUUUAAAUUAGGUAAUUCUUUAACAACUGGUCUAAUAAAGCUUAUUGCAUUUGG